UGCAUUUUGUCUUUGCAUCCUGUCUUUGCAUCUCUCUCUUUGCAUUUUGCCUUUGCAAUAAGCAGGAACAUCUCUGGCUGGAGGAAAGAAGGAGCUGGUGGAGCACUGAAGGAUGGGAGCAUUGGAGAGAUUAAGGGAGUUCAGCUUUCUGCGUUGGCUGAGGGAAGGGCGACAGUCUCGCAAGCUGAUCCUGGUGAUAGUGUUCAUAGCUUUGCUGCUGGACAACAUGUUGCUGACUGUGGUGGUGCCCAUCAUUCCAAGUUACUUACACACAGAUGAAUAUGGACCACCUACACAGAAUCCAACCCAAAAUUCGCUCUCCACGGCCAGGUUUCAACACAUAUUUUCCUACUACGAUAACUCGACGAUGGUGACCGGGAGUGAACCGGCCACGACAACAGGUGAAGCGAUCGGUUACAAUGCCACGCACCCCCCGGUGGUCAAUGACACAGGGCCCGGCGAAUCCAAUGGGAGUUGUAUGGCAAAGGACGCGAGCUUGCUGAAUGAAAACAUUCCCGUUGGAUUACUGUUCGCUUCGAAGGCAACUGUGCAGCUGUUAACAAACCCAUUCAUAGGGCCACUGACCAACAGGAUAGGAUAUCAGAUCCCAAUGUUUGCAGGAUUUAUCAUCAUGUUUAUAUCAACAAUCAUGUUUGCUUUCUCCAAGAGCUAUAUGCUUCUAUUCUUGGCCAGAUCUCUGCAGGGGGUAGGUUCUUCCUGCUCGUCUGUGGCAGGUAUGGGGAUGCUGGCCAGUGCUUACACCAAUGAUGAAGAAAGGGGAAACGCUAUGGGCAUUGCGUUAGGAGGUCUCGCAAUGGGAGUCUUAAUUGGGCCCCCCUUUGGAAGUGUGAUGUAUCAGUUUGUGGGCAAAACGGCCCCAUUCCUGAUUCUGUCAGUGCUGGCUCUGCUGGAUGGAGCUCUUCAGCUCUUUAUUUUGCAGCCUUCCAAGUCGCAGCCAGAAAGUCAGAAGGGGAGUUCAUUAUUUGAUCUUUUACGUGACCCUUACAUACUGGUUGCUGCAGGAACCAUAUGUUUUGCGAACAUGGGCAUUGCGAUGUUGGAACCAGCCCUGCCCAUCUGGAUGAUGGAAACCAUGUGCUCCCCCAAAUGGCAGUUGGGCAUCGCCUUUGUUCCUGCCAGUGUCUCCUAUUUAAUUGGGACCAACAUCUUUGGAGUCCUCGCUCGCAGAAUUGGCAGAUGGCUGUGUUCUCUCCUUGGAAUGAUAAUCGUUGGAAUAAGCCUUAUUUGUGUACCAUUUGCCAAAAAUAUAUACGGGCUCAUUGCACCAAACUUUGGAGUCGGUUUUGCUAUAGGAAUGGUGGAUUCCUCCAUGAUGCCCAUCAUGGGUUACCUUGUGGACAUACGACACGCCUCCGUGUACGGUAGUGUUUACGCAAUUGCAGAUGUGGCAUUUUGCUUGGGCUUUGCAUUAGGGCCUUCAACUGGUGGAGCUAUUGCGAAAUAUAUAGGAUUUUCCUGGUUAAUGAGGAUUAUAGGAGUCAUCAACAUACUGUACGCCCCGCUGUGCUUUUUUCUUCGAAGCCCUCCAGCCAAGGAAGAAAAAAUGGCUAUUUUGAUGAAUCAGAAUUGCCCAGUUAAAACCAGAAUGUACACAACUCAGGACAACUUUCAGAGACAGAUUAUGGAUGAUGAAGAGAAAGAUGAUACUAAGAUUAACGAGUGAGUGAGUGAAUGAGUGAGUGAGUGGGUGAGUGGAACCACGUUCAUUAAAAUCUAUUUUAAUGUACCAUAUGCAGUGCUUUUGUGUAUUAACGGGUUUGUUCUAAAUGUAUGGCAAUUAUCAUAGUUUGAUCAUCGUACUAUUCAAGCAUACCAAAGCUGCACUACCUGCCCAAUCUUAGAUUAGAAACAUAACAAUAUGGAAAAUGUUGGCUCUUGCGUAUAAAAUACAUUGCCAGCAGCCUUAUCAAAUGAACGGAAAUGUUUAUUCCAGUUUUCUACUGAGAAUCUAAUAGCUUUUGAUGUGUUUGAUUUUACAUAGGUAUAUUAUACGAUAUAUUUUUAAUUAUUGAAAGCAAAUUUGUGUAUACAACUGUUUUAAAUAUAUCAAGUUCACUGUGAUUAGGAUGUUCGUUUUCUUAUCAUGUGGAUUUCAGUUCCUCUUUUCUGUUUAAGAUGCCUAAAAACAACUAGAAUUUUGUUCAUCAGUCUCUUCAAAUCUAAACAGCUCAUUCUAUGUCAAAUUACAGGAUAGUUUAAUAGCUGUAGGACCUUUGUACUGUAAUGCACUCGCUCUCUCCCUCCCUCCCUACCCGCAUUCAAAGCCAAUCUCAAAACUUAACUCUGUUUUUCAGUCAUUUUUCCCCUCCCCGACCCCUAACCUGCCUCAACCAGCAGUAUAAAGUGCUUUGAGACGUCUUCCUGACGUGGAAGGCGAGAUAUAAAUGCAAAUUGUAUUGCAAUGGUAUUGUUUCAAAUUUAGGGACAUUGAAAGGCUACCCAACGAUUUGACUUAACAAAAAGCAGCUAGUUUAUUUGAAAUCAAGUUCAGUAUUUCCCUCUGCAUACUGAGAUGGCUAAGAGCAUCUCCCCUGAUGUAUGGAAAAGCUCUGUACCAGCUGUUCAGACCGAUUAGAUACACCAAAGUGAUUACACAGUAAACUGUAUGCAUUCACAUAAUAGAAUAUGUAUUGAAAGAGUACAAAGUAAAUACCAAUUGCCAAUUGGAGAGCUGCUAAAUUACCACUAUACAUGUAGACAUUGUGAGCCGAUCACUGUUCUGUUUUGUAACUGAAACAUUCAUGUGCCUUUAUGAAUUGUAACACGUUUGCAUGCAAUGUAUAUGUUGGGAAGUCAAUAAAUACAUCAUUCACAAAGCCAGGCGAACCCUCCAACAUUGGCUUAUCCUGGCAAAACGUGGCGGUGGAAUUGGGUCAACAAAGGCUGUGAUACCUCGAGACACUUAGCUCAACGGGCAUCACAACCACUUAUACAACAGUCUCUUACACACUGCUCUCAUUGCAUAGUGAAGAAAUUAUGAUUUUAAGGUUUUAUUUAAAAAAAGCCAACAUUUCCUGUGCGUGUAAACGUGCCAACUGUCCACAGACAAAGCAGACGGCUGGUUGCUUUGUAACAGAUGAGCAAAUAGAGGUACAGAACAUAUCUGUUGAUAUAUGUGUAUGAUGUUUAAUCUGCGUUCAGAUACACGUGCGGAGUCUGUGUGUCUAUGGGUGUGGGUGUAUUUUCAUUAACUGGAGAAAUGUCUAUAAUAAAAUAUUCUAAAUAGAAA